CACGCCCCCUGGCGGAUGCUCUCCCGGGAGCGCGGCGCUCCGGUUGCCGCAGCAACAGCGACGCCGUUUACCUCGUGGCGUGGCCCCGCCCCUUUCGGAGCGGCAGCCGUCACGUGCGGCGCGGCGGGCGGUGCUGAGCCCCUGGCGUUCGAUGCGCUCGGCGCUCGCAAGCUCGGCCUGGUUCGGCGCUCGGCACGCAGCCGGGAGGAGACCCUCGCCGCGGCCGCCGCCAUGUCCACGGCGAUGAACUUCGGGAGCAAGAGCUUCAAGCCGCGGCCGCCGGACAAGGGCGCCUUCCCGCUGGAUCACUUCGGGGAGUGCAGCGCCUUCAAGGAGCAGUUCCUGGAGUGCCUGCGCCAGAGCGGCUCCGAGAGCAGCGCCUGCCGCCCCCGCGCCAUGGCCUACCUGCAGUGCCGCAUGGAGAGGCAACUUAUGGCUAACGAACCACUGGAAAAACUGGGAUUUAAAGACCUGAUAGAUGAGAAAUCAGAAGCAAAACCUGAAGAGCUGUAAUGAAGACAAGAAAACUUUACUUCUCUUUUAUGGAAAGCAUAACUCUUAUGUAGUACAUAUUGUACGCUCUGUUCAUGUUGCAAUAGGAAGUGUUUUCCGAAGGAACUUCUUUUCUUAUUCCAAAAUAAGAUUUUUGGAAUGAGCAAAAGUGUUGCAAUUGUUUGCUUUACUUCUGAAAUAUUUCACACUUAACUUUUCUUGUUUUUCUUUCUCUAGCCUAGCUUUAAAAAUCCUUAAGAUGAUUUCACAUAUGAGAAAACAAUUAUUGCUUGAACUGUUUUCUGAUAAAAGAACCUGCGUCUCUGUAUGAAAAGUAAAGUUUUAUUAGAAAAAAAAUCAUCACGUAGAUCUCAAACUUCAGGUUAGUUUUAUGUGAGUAUUGCUAACGUGCUUAGAGCAGUUUACUUAUCAGUUGGAAAUAAAACUGGUGCAGUACUUACAAGUUGUUUUUAAUUAAAUACUGGUAGUAAUCCCCUUCUUUGGGGAGAUAGCCUUCUCACCCUGAUAUACAAAACACUUGGGUCUUGAUUAUUUAUUUAUUUAUUUCUUCUUCAUCUCUACACCUUCAUCGUUGCUUGGAGACUUAUUUCUAGUUUUACACACUGAUAAGAUAAUGAUUCUGCUUUUAUUUACAAUGCCAGCAAUGUUCAUCUAACUUUGUUUCAUCAUUUAACUAGGAAUCUUUCAUGAUGGAUUUCUCCUUUUCUCCAACUAGAGCAUUUUGCCUGAGCUGCCGUAUGUUCUUUUUCAUAUCCUAAUGGUGAAAUUGUGGUGGUGAUGUGUACAGUAUUUAUUUGUAUGCUGGGUAAAUUAUAGAUCUAAAUGGACCCCUCCCCCAAAAUGACAAUUUUGUUAUUUUAAAAACAAAUACUUUGUAUUAAAAACCAGCGUAGAUCAGAAGUUAGGUAUCUAGGAAAUACAGUAUUUCAUUCCAAAAGACAUCAGUUGGGGCCAUUGCUUUGUCAAAGUAAUGCAGUGAUGUACAGCAGAUUUUCAAUCAAGUCUGGAUAUAUCUUUAAGAUCUGUGACAGGUGUUUGUAAAAUUUACUGUGAAUUAGCAGAGGCAGCAGUGUUUCCUUCUCAUGCACUAAUGCAAAUGAGUCUUUCUUAGUUAAUACUGAGCUUGGGCCAAAAUAAUUUGGCCUAUUAGAUAGCCCUCUGGAGAUAUGUUUUGAGCAGACAAUAAAUCUGAAGAUCUUCUGAUUGUAUUUUCCACUGUAUCUCUUCCCCCUCCCCCCUUUUAUUUUUUAAUCUAUUGGGUCAUUUCUCUGUGUAGCUGGCUCUUAAACUGCAAGCUUCAUUGAGCAAGGCCUGCCUAUAUGGAUAAACUUGUUCAUACCAAA